UCGGUUCCCGUUCAAACGCUGGCGGGAGUUGGGCGGCGUCGGUCCCGAUAAAGCGCAGGAGGACGGGAGUCGGCUCUAUUGUGUUUAGAAGGCCUUGUGCAAUUAGGCGGAGGGAACUAUUGUGCGGCGGCCUUUGCUCGCUAAUGCGCGGUGCGCUCUGUACAUGCUCAGGAGAAAUACUUAACCUCAUUGACGCUCGUUAUCCACUGAGCCGUGGGAAGUUCCCGGGGUGCUGCUCUUCCUUGGGGAGUUUGGUGGCCUCCGGAGACUUAACGGCUUUCAACAUGGAAAAUGAGAAGUCCAGGAUUCCUAUCUACACCUUCCAACAGCCCAGAGUUGUCAGUAUACCAACAGAUCCACAUUCAAAAAAGCAGUGUUUUGUCAAAAAUGACCUCGGCCCCCUGAAAGCUCCUGAUUUCACUUUUGAUGAAAAUGUUCCUGUGCGUGCUGCCCUCAAAGACACAAAUCAAAGGUACAUAAAGAAGGCAACACAGCCAACACCUAAGAAAGCAGCAACGUCAAAUGCUCGAACCACUAUGAGCAGAUACAGACGGGAGGCUGAGCUCAGAAACAAGAACAAGCAGUUGGAGUCUGCUAAAUGGGAAGUGAGCUCAAAGCUGAUGGAAGCAGAGAAAGAACUGAAGAAUACGAAGGAGCAGUGCGAUAGUCUGGAAAAAGAAAACCAGAAGCUGAAGAAAUUUCAGGAGAGCUGCAUGUUGAUCUUGGCAGCUAGGAAUUGUGAUCCAGCUACAGGUGACAAACUUUUGGAAGAGGAUGAGGAGAACAUGAAGAAACAGGCUGAAAUAAUGGACUUGAUGGAGAAGCUGACUACUGACCUUGAACUAUUCACCCAGAUGGCAAAAGAGCAAAAAGAGAAUCUUAAGGAGACACACAUCAAAUGGAAGCAGGUGGAGGAGGAGCAGGCCCAUUUCUUAGAGCGGGAGCAGUGUUUUCAUAGAGAAAUGGAAGAUUUGUUUGCCAUCUUGGAUCAGGCAGAGGAACUUGUUAAUUCACCUUUUGAGGGGUAAUUAAUUGAAUAAAAUAAAAGCAAUUUAGAAUCAGAAUCAUACGUAGGAUUUCUUUUUUUGUAAUAAAAUGUAAUAAAUGAAAGAAGCAAUAUAAAUACAAUUUUAAAAUACAGCAUCUAGCACAACUUAUUACAAUUGCUACAUCAAGUAUAGAAAGCAUUAAGUGGUCCGUCAAGGCCAUCAGCAGUUUUCAAGUAGUAGUUAUUGGGGAAGUUUGGGAAUCUGUGCAGUGGUUCCUCCCUUGGGGGGGGGGGGAUACUUCUGUUCAAAUUGAAAACAGGAUUUAUUCUGUAUCUAUUCAAUAAAUCUACUCCUUUCUGCUUGGAAUAAAUGAAA